AUGGAGACGAACGACCACGCGAGCAGGCGACGGGCGAAGAAAAAGUCGAAGAAGCGCGCGGCGACGAGAGAGACCGCGAACGAGCGAGAGGGCGUGAAGCGCACGAAAUCACACGCGCGACCGGGAGACGAUGACGGGAGAGAGGCGACGACGGGGACGAGGACGGGGGACGAGACGAAGCGACUCGCCGGGACGGAUAAGGACGCGAGAGACGCGAGAGAAGACGCGGACGGACUGUCGACGUCGUAUCUCGCAUCCUUAGACGAAGGCAUGAAGCGAUCAAUAAAAUCAUUCAGAAAACGGGCGCGGGACGCGCAAACGCUCCUCAAGCGGGCGAUGAAGGUGAAGGAUGUAAAGUUUUUCAAUCGCCUCGUGAAGGAUUUCGGCAACGACAAGCAAUACGGAUUCGCAAAGGAAGCGUUCGAACGAAUCGCUCGAAGCGGUUUGACGCCGAACGUGUACUCGUACACGAACAUGUUAAACGCGGCGACGCGUGUGAGUGAGGUUGGGCAAAUGCGGAAAAUUUGGAAGGAGAUGCGAGACGCCGGCGUCGAGCCGAACGAGGUGGCGUACACCGUGCUUGUCAAGGGCGAAUGUCAGGCAGGGAACAUUGAUCGCGCGCGGGAGAUCGUUCGAGAGAUGAUCGACGGAGGCGUUGAACCAAAUCAACGCACGUACGGGACGCUCUUACGCAACUGUGUGAGGUACGGCGAUGUGGAGAACGCGGCGAAAUUUGUGCAGACAAUGCGAGAGCGAAGCUCGCCUCCGGAUGCGACUGCGUGCGAGUACUACAUCAAGACGAUGUGUGGAGAGCUCAUGGUUCAACAGACGCUUUCCUUCAUACGUGAUGUCAAACGAGACGGGAUUGAGGUCACCGCGCAAUCUUACGUCGCCCUCGCGACGGCGGCAAGUCUGGUCAUGCCAGCUGAGGAAAUAGCGAUGAAGGCGUGCGAAGACGCUCGAGCAAAACUCGACGCGGACGUGCGCGAUGCGCCGGGAACGGCGAACUCUAGGUAUGACGACGACUACGGCGACGGAUGUGAUGACGACUAUCGCAUACGCGCGCACGAGGGCGAUGACUCGGCGGCCGAUGUGCCAUCAAAGAGCGUUCAACUGUUUCUACAACUGCGGGCGCAGGAUGCGUUGCGAGAGAUUGAAGCGGUGGAGUCGUACAUCACAGACAUUCCUCUGAAACGAAGGGUUCAAAUCGCUGAACUAGCAGCAAAAGGGGGCGAGCAAGCAACGAACGUGCGAAUAUUAGGCGGUGGGGGGGAAAGCGAUAAGACCGUGGACGCCGCCGACGCUGGCGCCGACGUGCGCAUUGAGAUCUGCAGUGGUCACGGCGACUGGAUCACGCGACGGGCGAAAUUGGAUCCAAAGAUUCAAUGGAUCGGAAUCGAAAUGCGUCGAAACCGAGUUUUAUUGACAUGGAUGAAAGCGUUGCGGUUAGGCGUGGAGAAGAAUCUGAGACUCGUGUGCGGCAUGGCUCACGACGCGCUCGACGUCUGUCGCGCGCCGCCUGGAUCGGCGACUGAAGUCUACGUCAACUACCCUGAUCCUCCCGAGUGGGUCGGUAGUUCGCAAGUUCUAGUCCAAGAUACGUUUUUACGUGACGUUCAUCGCGUUCUCAAGCCAGGAGGGCACCUAAUUUGUGUCACAGAUGAUUCCGCGUAUGCGAUGCGCAUGUGCCGAGAACUCAGAAAGGCUCGAUCUCUCUUCGAGACGACAGAACCAGAGGGCAAACCGUUUGCGAGUGGCGUUCCCGAGGACUACGGGGCGAGUUAUUUCGACUCGAUGUGGACACUAGGCAAUCAGCGCGAUCGAUAUACGCUUCGUUACGUCAAGAUUUAA